AUACACUCGUUUUGUAUAGUAGGGCCUAAGAAUUUUAUCGUAGAUGUUGUGUAUCGUUGUGACUUGUUCGCGCCUUAUAAUAUUCUGAAAUAGGCGAAUGAAAAGUAAAACACACAUUUGACUUAUUUUUGUUGUUCUGUGCGAGUUAUCAGAAUUUCCGAGUUCCGUGAUAAGUUCCAUGUGAAAAAGAACGACAAAUUCGAAAUAAAACGUAUUUUUUGUUUGUGUUUGAAUAUUGCGACGAAACUUUCGGACAUUCUUAAACAACAAGCGAAGUGAUUCGAAGCGAAACUAUAGGCAUCGAAUCAAAUAUUCGACAAAAUGUUACGAUUGAUAGUUGUGUUUGCGUUAUGCUCAAUAGCCGCGUCGCAGGUUCCAUCUAGUGAACUCUUGACCAAGAGCAUUUCGAAGUUUUCAUGGGAUUUAUAUCAGCAAUGUGCCCAAACAACGGAAGGAAAUAUGAUAAUAUCGCCGUUUUCGGUAGCAAAAUCGCUGGCACUUUUGUCACAGGGAGCAAGCGGUGAGACGUAUGAACAGAUUAAGAGUUCGUUACAUUUGGAAUUGGGCAAAGUCAAGACAGCCAAUCAAUUUCGUCGUCGUACACGAUUGCUGCGACGAGGUGCUCGCAGAACAACACUCUCGGUCGCAAAUAGCAUUUAUUUACAACAGGGCUACACAAUAAACAGAAGAUUCCAAGACAUUGCGGUGCAAAAAUUCGUAUCGGGAGUCGAUAGCGUGAAUUUUGCCAAUAGUCUUGAUGCUUCGCGUACAAUUAACACCUUCGUGGAGAAUAAAACAAAGGGGAAAAUCAAGGAUUUGAUCAAACCAAGUAUGCUGAAUUCAGACACUCGUGUGGUUUUGGUGAAUGCCAUUUAUUUCAAAGGCGAUUGGGAGCAAAAAUUCGAUCUGAAACGCACCCAAAAAUCCGAAUUCCAAAUGAAUGGCAUCGAAAAGGUUUCAACAGAUUUUAUGUCCAUGCAUCGUGAAUUUAACUAUGGUUAUUUCGAUGAUCUGGAAGCGUCCGCCCUUGAAAUGAAAUACGCCAAUUCCAAUUUGUCAAUGGUGUUUGUGCUGCCAAACAGCGUCACUGGAUUACCGACACUCGAAGACAAAAUGAAAAACUUUGAAUCGGCCAGGAUUGUCAGUACAUUGGAACCCGAAAACAUUGACGUUUCCAUCCCAAAAUUCAAGGUCGAAUACGAAAUCAAGUUGAAUGACGUUUUGAAAAAUAUGGGCAUGACUGAUAUGUUUACAACGAAAGCUGAUUUUACUGGAAUUUUAGCAACGAAUGACAAGUUGUUCGUGUCCGAUGUUGUUCACAAAGCUUUUAUCGAAGUAAAUGAAGAUGGUGCUGAGGCUGCUGCUGCCACAGGGAUAGCAUUGAUGGAUCGAAUGUUGCCGCCAUCAUUCAAUUGUGAUCAUCCAUUUUUGUAUUUCAUUUGGGACAACAUAUCCAAAACUACUGUCUUUAGUGGACGAAUCACGACAUUUAAACAAAAUUAGAUUCAAUUUUUGAAUCAAACCAUAAUAAUUUUGAUAGAAUUUCCAGUAAUUACACAAAAAUACUCAUGACUUGUAUUGGAACUUGAGUGAAUUGAGCUCGUGAACAGUUCUUAUUUUUCAAUAAAUCCAUACUGGAUAAAACAAAUCAUUGAACAUAUCUACAUCUAUUACAGUUCUACGGUAGUGUUGCAUAUGUUCCUUUUAUUGCGACUUGUAUUUUAUAUUUCAAUGCAAUGCAAACGUUUUUAGUUUUACUGCGAGAAAAUAAUCUUUAAUUUUCACUAUCGCUCAUAUCAGCAUCUAAGUUGAUUGUUCAUUGUAGAAAUAAACGAGUACUUCUAAUUCUAUAGGCUUUAUGUUAAAUUUUAAUUUUAGAACCAAAAUAAAUACAUUUUUACUUGAAUUAAAUCAAAAA